AUGUUUCCACUGACUGUGGAAAACAAGCAUGUGGCCCAGUUGUUGCUCAGUACUGGUACCUGUCCAAGAUGUAUCUUCAGAUUCUGUGGUGUGGAUUUUCAUGCACCAUACAAACUUCCCUACAAGGAGUUGCUCAAUGAACUGCAAAAAUUUCUGGAAACUGAAAAAGAUGAAUUAAUUUCAGAAGUUCCAAACCCCCCUCCCAAGAAAAUUCGACUACAAGAACUAGAAGAUGGGAUUGAUGGGAUGGAUAAUCUGAGUCAAAAUGGAGAGGGAAAGAUCUCGAUUAUUGAAGAUGGAAGCAUUGCUUCCAAGAACUCAAAUUUAAAUGUAUGCAAUGUAUGCCUAGGAAUUCUUCAAGAUUUCUGUGAAAAAGAGUUCAUUAAAAAGGUGUGCCAAAAGGUUGAGGCCUCUGGGUUUGAAUUCACCAACUUGGUAUUGUCAAUCUCCUUCCCACCACAGCUAUCUGUAAGAGAGCAUGCUGCAUGGUUGCUGGUAAAACAGGAAAUGGGAAAGCAGAGUCUGUCGCUGGAAAGAAAUGAUACAGUUCAGCUAAAAGAAGCCUACAAAUGGAUAACUCACCCCCUGUUUUCAGAGGAACUGGGUGUUCCCAUUGAUGGAAAGAGCUUGUUUGAAGUGAGUGUGGUCUUUGCUCACCCAGAAACAGUUGAGGAUUGCCACUUCCUACGUGCGAUAUGCCCAGAUUGUUUCAAGCCAGCCAAAAACAAACAGUCAGUAUUCACUAGAAUGGCAGUUAUGAAAGCUUUGAAUAAGAUUAAAGAAGAGGAUUUCCGCAAGCAGUUUCCUUGUCCUCCAAACUCACCAAAGGCUGUAUGCAGUGUUGUUGAAAUUGAAUGUGCUCAUGGUGCUGUUUUUGUGGCUGGGAGAUAUAAUAAAUACUCCAGGAAUCUACCACAAACUCCUUGGAUAAUUGAUGGAGAAAGGAAGCUGGACUCUUCAGUGGAAGAAUUAAUUUCAGACCAUCUUUUGACAGUGUUCAAAGCAGAGAGCUUUAAUUUUUCAUCCUCUGGGAGAGAAGAUGUAGAUGUGAGAACAUUAGGAAAUGGAAGGCCCUUUGCAAUUGAGCUGGUGAAUCCUCAUAGAGUACAUUUCACUUCACAAGAAAUUAAGGAACUUCAGCAGAAAAUUAAUAACUCGUCUAACAAAAUCCAAGUCCGUGACUUGCAGCUUGUUACAAGAGAGGCAAUAGGUCAUAUGAAAGAAGGUGAAGAAGAAAAGACCAAGACCUAUAGUGCCUUAAUAUGGACAAAUAAAGCAAUACAGAGGAAGGACAUUGAAUUCCUAGAUGACAUAAAGGACUUAAAGAUUGACCAGAAAACACCUUUACGGGUCCUUCACCGGAGGCCCCUGGCUGUGAGAACUCGCAUCAUUCACUCCAUGGAGGCACACUAUGUGGAUGAGCACCAUUUCCGCCUCUACCUGAAGACUCAGGCAGGAACCUACAUUAAAGAGUUUGUACAUGGAGACUUCGGAAGAACGAAGCCGAACAUUUGCUCUCUGAUGGAUGUGACUGCAGACAUUCUUGAGCUGGAUGUUGAGUCUGUAGAUGUUGAUUGGCCCCCUGCUCUGGAUGACUAG